CAGUCCUCUUUCACAUGGUUAGUUCGUUGGUCCAGAGUCCAUAGUCCAUACGCUUGGGUAAUUGCCCUAUAUUAAGCCGGAUAUCCAUUCCCACCUCCCAAGUCCUAGCAACUAAUUGUAGCCGUAGGUGUAGCAAAUCAUUCAUCCAUGUCUUCGCCGGCGAUUCUGUGCCUCCUUCUCAUCUCUCUAAUCCUUUUCUCGACACCUGCCGUCGGCGAUGACGCUCUGACGGUGUACGAAGCUCUACAACAGUACGGCUUCCCUGUGGGUAUUCUUCCCGUGGGAGUGACGAGCUACGAGUUAGACACUAGCACCGGUGAAUUCACGGUGUAUUUCAACGAAACGUGCACAUUCAACAUUGAUGGCUAUGACCUCAAGUAUAAGACAACGGUUACUGGGGUUGUGUCCACGGACAAGAUUACAAACCUCAAGGGCGUCCAGGUUAAGGUGCUCUUUUUGUGGGUGAGCAUCGUGGAAGUCAGUCGUGAUGAGGACGAGCUCUCUUUCUCCGUCGGGAUUGCUUCUGCUAAUUUUCCGAUCGAUAGUUUCGUUGAGAGUCCGCAGUGUGGAUGUGGGUUCGAUUGCGUCAAUGGAGUUGGGGAGAGAAAGAGUGGGGAGUUCAAUCGGACCCGUUUUGUGUCGUCUUCUUAAUCGGGCGAGUCUAAGAUCAUUUUGAUGUAUGGAAAUAAUGUGCUUGUAAUUUGUGGUGGUUUUGUCUGGGAUUUGAAUGAACUGAGCCCCAUCUGUUUUAUUUUCCUCUGUUUUCCGGGAAAACAAAAAAAAAUCAAAAUGUCACUGCAUUGAUUUGAUUUGGAAUAUGCCUUUUUGAUGCCAAACGGUUCAUUGAAAUUGACUGGUUGUUUUGUG